CUUUUCCUUAAAUACUACCAUUUUAUUAGGGUAUAUAUUAAUGAUAUUAUUAUCUUUAGUAAAAUAGAGGAAGAAUACCUAGAAUAUCUAUAUACUAUUUAUAAAAUUCUUAAUAAGGCCUAUAUCCAUAUUAGUAUAACUAAAUCCUUUAUAGGUUACCUAGCUAUAAGACUCCUUAGGUAUAUCGUAAAUGGUAAAGGUAUUACUAAAACCGACGACCGUAUUACCGCCUUUAAGAAGCUAAAGUUUCUAGACAUUCUUAAUAGCUUAGAGCAUUACCUUAGAAUAGCUAGAUAG